AUGGAUCGUAACAAGUAUUAUGGUGGGCUAAGCGCAUCUCUCACACCUCUAGAAACUUUUUAUGAACAUUUUGAAAGAAAAGAUAAACCCGCUGAGAAAUAUGGCCGAGGAAGAGACUGGAAUGUUGAUCUAAUUCCUAAGUUUUUGAUGGCUGAUGGUAAGAAUACCCCCAUUGAGUGCCAGCAGUCUCCUGUUGUCAAGUAAAAUCAUCUGGCAUUAGACAGAGUAAAAUCACUUUAGGGGACAUCAGCGCACAAUGCCAAUCUGAUUAACCCAAUGAGUGCUGGCAGCACUCUCGUCUCAGGGACCCUUGAUGUCAUUUAUUGAGUAAAAUCACUUUGUGUUAGAUAGAAGCAGUCAGUGAUAAAUGUCUGAUCAAUAGGGUUGGGCGAUAUUUCGAUAUUUUGAUUUGUCGCGAUAUUUUCAAUCGCGAUUAUUGUAUCGAAGGUAGAAACUUGAGCGACAAUAUGUCGAAAUUAUCUUCAUGCUCGUUGACUAUCAUGAUAUUGCUUCGUAUGUGUAUAUACCUUUUAUAAAAUCCUAAAAAAAUAUUUCAGUUCCUAGAAAAUAUAGUUUUUAAAAGAAUUAAAACUAUUUCCUGAAUUGAAUACAAAAUUAAUACGAUACCAAAGCUAUUAUUUAUGUAUCAAUCCGCUGAACAACGAAAUUACAGUCUUUUCUUGCGCUCAUGUGUGCCAGCGGAGACAUACAGUUGUAGACACUGCAGACAUAGUAGACAUGCAGUUCUGGUUUAAUGACCAUGAGUAAAUAUUAGACUAGAAAAAGGCUUCGUAUUACUAUAAUUUGUUGUUUUACUUGUUUUUAAUAAGAUUAUAUAUCAGCUUACUAUGCUUUGAUAUUAAUUAAAAUUGAAAAAUGUGGUCAUUGUUUUUAUUGCAUUUAUCGCCGCAGGGGUUUCAAAAUAAGCCGGCGGCCGGCGGAGUUCCGCCGGCUACUUGAACUUUUACCGCCGGCUACUAGUUUCGUCUGGUCACAGGAAAAAUUUUAUAUACUGUACAAAGGUACAAGCGAACCAACACGAUGUUUGUUAUGUUCCAAUUGGAAUUCAAGUUGGGCGGUCUCGAAUUUCCCUGAAAUCAAUCGACGGCAAUGGCGUUAAAAAUUGCCGUAGAACGUAACAGCUGUCUACGGCAAUUUUGUCAGUUUCCACGGCAUUUUUUCAAAUUACUGUAAUAAAAAUUUAAUUUUAUUGUUACUUUGGAUUGCUGACAAGCUAGAAACAUGUUUACGUAUUUCUUUAGUGUGUUUUUUUUUUCGAAGAAAACUGAGACUAAAAUUAUAGUAAUUUACGGAUGAUUUGAUCAACAUCUGAAUUCAAGUAUCAAAAUAGUAAUGCACAGUGAACAGUUUAAAAAUUAUACUAUACGGCAAAAAAUUGCCGUCGUUGCCGCAAUGAUCCACGGUAUUUUGUUCUCCCUCUACGGCAAUUGCCGCGAUAAAAUUCAAGCCCUGAAUUCAAGCAAAACAUCACUUAUUUUGGAAGAUCAAUAAGAUAAAUUAUAAUACAUAGUACCAAACAUAGCAAAAGAAAGAAGAAGGGAUGAAGUGAAGUUCAUUACGUACAUAAGUAUAACAUCAUUUGAUUAAUGAUUUCGGACUCAUAAAUUAAUACUAUUCUAUUACUGUAGUGUACAUUGUCAUUCUGUUCAUGCAGCUGUAAAAAUUAAACUACUAGUAGCACAUUAAAGUACAUUGUCACUUACAAGUAAAAAUGCAAAUGACAUCUAAAUCUAACAUGUUAACAGUUGUACUUUGUCUUUUUACGUAUUCUAUAUUAUUUGAUUGUUAAUUUGCGGCGAAAAUUUUUUAAAUUUCCAUGCGAGGGCACGCUCCCCUCCCCGCGCGAUUUUUUAACUAUCAGUCACAGCCGGCUACUUUUUUGGUACAACCGCCUACUUCAAAUCAUUCUGAAACCCCUGCGAUAGAUAUUAUCGAAUAUCGUGAUAAUUUCCUUGACAAUAAUCGUGAAAUGAUUUUUUUAAUAUCGCCCAACCCUACUGAUCAACUGUGCAGUAUCUCAGACACUGGCUAACAAUGAUUGGCCAGCUUUUCAAAAUUUAUAUUCAAUUUGAUUUUCAAUUUGAUAGCUCAUGCUGAUCACUUCCUGCAUGAUCAAUCACGUUGUAAAAGCAGUCUCAAUGAUACAUUGCAUAUUUGUGUUUUGGAAUUUUCUGCAUGUCUGGUGCCAAAAUUUCAGACCCAGAUCAUGUAUUCUAUUUAGGCCAAAAAAAAUAUGUGGUUUCGUAUUUCUUCUUGUAAAAACUUAGGUAGGGUAGGUCGGUUUUAACUUCUUUUUUUUCAACUUUUUUUAAAAUUUUCCUAACAACCAGAAGCCAUUUUGACACAAACGUUUUCCUCUAAGUUCAAAUACUUACAAGGAUGAUCCAAUAAAAAAGUUUAGGGUCAGGAUUUUGGCAUCCAAAAGCUAGGUAGGGUCGGGAAACCGGAAACCCACAAACCCACAUUUUUUUUGGCCUUAUGAAAUGUUGCUGGAACAGUACACUUGUCAAACCUUUAUUUUGUUAAUCUAGAGCUUGAAGUAUCCCCUGUGGCAAUGUGUGAUUGCCAACUGUCAUCCUAAUUUGACUGGUGCUUAAUACCACUCAAAGGGAUAUUUCAAUACUGGCAGUACUCUACCACCGACAAGUAAAAUCAUCUGGCAUUAGACAAAAUAAAUAUUAGUAGGGUACAUUUGGGCACAUUGCCAGUCAAUGGGUUAAUAAGAGACAAUGGCACAUAGGUUUGUUAACCUAUUUACUGGCAGUACUCUAGCGCUGACGAGUAAAAUUGUCUGGUGUUAGUAAUACUAAACUACUAAAGUAGGGCACAUUUGGGCACAUUGCCAGUCAAUGGGUUAAAUAUUGUAUUUUGUACAUAUUGCGAUAUUUUACGUUUCAGGUGAACUUGUUAAGAUCCUGAUUCUCAGUGGUGUAACACGAUACCUAGAGUUCAAGCAGAUUGACGGAAGUUUUGUCUACAAGAGUGGUGGCAAAAUCUACAAAGUACCAGCUAACGAGAAAGAGGCUCUUGCCUCAUCGCUUAUGGGAAUUUUCGAAAAACGGAGAUUUAAAAAUUUCUUGCAUUUCGUUUCAAAUUUUGACGUAGAAGAUCCCAAAACAUGGCAAG